GAAGGGGACAGUGAGGGACAGCAGUUGUCUUCCAGCAGCUUUGGAGAGGACAGCAUGGACAGUCCGACCAUAUCGGUGCGUUUGGCUCGUAGCGAGUCUUUGAAGGCUCAGGGGGAGGGGCGUCGGCGAGGAGGCGGGACGGGGGCGGAGUCUGUCCCUCGUUCCCGUAGCGAUGUGGACAUGGAGGACUGUGAGGAGAGGGAGGGGCCGGGACUGAGGCCGUUACAUCACAGCGCCUCGUCUUCAGCCUCCAGCAGCUCGGCACGAUCGCUGGAGAACCCGACGCCGCCGUACACGCCUCGCUCUCAGCGCAGGAUGCUGGACGCUCCGGUGGCUCUGUUACCAGACGCGCCGGCUCUGGACGAGGACGUGAUCGACUCGCAGAACUGGCAGGAGACGGUUGAGCCGCACGUUCUGGCAUCACUCAGCUCACGGGAGAUCGACCGACAGGCCGUCAUCUACGAUGUGUACAGCGUGAAAUCUCAAUGCCUGACUUCCUGGAAUUAAUAACCAGCCCAGGGUGAAGCUUAAACUGUGAAAUAGGAGAGUUUUUCACUUAUCGAGCAUCAGAUCCGUCAGGCUCUGUGGCUCUGUAAUCAGCAGCGUUUCUCCUCCGGCCGGAGAAAUGAGCUUCCUGACAAUCCCAGACAUGCCGGAGAUGUUUCGUUUGUUUUAAGAUGAUACAUCUCUGAAAACUAUACCAGUCAAAGUCAUUUAUGAUCUCAGAUAGCCUCGAGCCUCAGACUUCAGUGUGUUUAUGGGCUACAUGGAAAAACGGGACCAAUUUUAAGAAAUUGUAACCCAAAUCUUAGGUUGUUUUGAGAUGCACGUCCUGACGUCACUUGGCAUGAUGAGAACAAACUCAAGACAGAUUUGAGGAAAUUAGACUGUCAGCCCCUUGUCAGGUUUUGGUGCAUUUUACA